AUGGCUUACGCCAACUACAAUUGUCCACGUCCUCGGCCGAUUGAUCCUGCCAUCUUCUUCGAUAUGGUUAAAAUACGUCAGCUGAUCGACGACGCCACAGAUCUUUCAAUCAGGGCAGCCAACGGUACUGCCUCUGGGGGUUCUCAUAAUUCUGACAGUGGGCUUUACGGGAGCGCAGCAGCGUUAGGCUUUGGCGGUAUAGGGGGGACAAAUAUCAAAUUGAGUCGGGAACGCAAACAUCGGAUGCGGGAUCUGGCGACGCGCAAGCUGUCGCAGGCAUAUUACUUAGAAGAGAUCGCAGCCAGUGUAGCUACAAUGCAGGGCACAUCAUCUCUGGAGGAUGUCGCCAAUCUUGUGUUACAGCGAAACCCAGAAGAUAGUCAUGCCAAAUACGUGCAUUUCUUUCAUGAGAAGAUUCCGUCACGAAUGCUCGCUCAAUGUACAAGUCUUCAGGCACUCGAUGAAGUGAUAGAGGAUCAACCUUUGGAGGCAGCACCGUUGAGAACAAGAGCUGUUACCAAGCUGUUCAUGGAGGAAUAUCAGAGCGCUCUAGAAGAUCUUACGGCAGCCCUCCGAAUCUACCGCAAUGUUGCGCCGUUACACGGCUGGAAAACUCGCCCCGCCGAGCAUUCGACGGUCGUGGGGCAUGUACAGGGUCGUAGAAGGCAGGAUCCAGACAGAGCAGCGAUAAAAAAGGAUGUAGAGCGAUUGAGUAGCCUUGAGCCUCAAUUACUCUUUCAUCGCGGUGGCGUAUAUCUGACACUCGCAUGUCAAAGGAUCCACGUCGCACUUGAUACGCCUCUGCAAAACAAUACAAAUGGCACUCAUGGUGGUAAUGGAGAGAGACUUCAAACAGAAUUGGAUGAGCGUCAGAUUGAGGCACAGAGGUCUGUGAAGAUCAAUGCCAAACGCGCUUUAAAAGACUAUCUCGAAUUCCUGUCUCAUUUGGAAUAUACAGCUCUAUCAACAGUGGACUCUUUCGACAGCUUAUCGGGUCAGCACAAAACGCGCUCUUCGCAUGAAAGCGCUGCCAUCUCUGCGGACGGUGGGCUUGGUGAAGAAUCAGAGACACAGCUGUCGUCAGUUCGAGACCCCUCCACCUUCAAGUAUAGAGAUCAGUCUGAUGUGCAACUAAGCGCCAGGCCUGAUUUAAACCCACACCAACCACAGUCGACUUUCCGUCAAAGCAAAGUGUACUCAGCUUCUGAACUCUUUUCGAUUUCGUUACCAGCAGACAUUCCGCCCUAUCCAUCGACAGAGAAAGCGCCCGUCACCCGCAAAGCAGCGGCGCAACAAGUGAAAGAGGAUAUGUUCCGCCCUCCAAUCGAGGACGAGGAGCUUUUGACGUACCACCCAUUGGUGGUCGAAGUACUUCACGCUGUUCUCCUCUGCCAUUCGCUCAUUCAGACUCCACCAAAGCAAAUACUCCGCCACGCUCAUAUGGUAGCUCGGCUUGCUCGAAUCUGUGAAGGAUACCCUAUCUUUCUCACAGCAAGGUCGCCAAGUCGUUCAGACUGGAUUCAGAUCCUACAGAAGACGGCGAAUUGGAUCGACCUCGGCCAGUCAUGGGAGAAUCUCUGUUCUCCACCGCCCUUGCCAAAUCAAAAUGGUGCAGUCUCACAUCAAAAGACACCAGAGGAAAUGAGAGAACAGCGAAGGCACGAAGCGAUUCUUGAAGCUCUAGCUGAUGAAAGGGUACACGAUGAGGCGAGCUUCCAGGCCGCGAUGAGGGCGAAUACUCAAGAGUCCGAAACCUCAAACCAAAAUCCGACGUUCCACAGUGAGUCCGAGGACGACAGAUGGUCGCAGCAGUACGCCAAAGAACAUCCUUCAGGAAGCGGCAGAGCAGAGGCUGUGGCCAGAUGGGUCAGAGAGGCUCCUCAGGUCUCGGUGGGAGGAGCUCGAUCGAAACGCGGCACGAAGGGUAAGAUCCAGAAAUGCAGCAUGAAGCAGUCAUCAAGCAGGACGAGUCAAUGCUCUGAACAGCCAGCUAUAGAAUCCUUGACUGUGACAGAUGAGCCUACAUUAUGUACUGAUAAAUCAAAAGCUUGA